UGCCCACAGUCAGUGGUGGCUUUCAGAGUCUAAGCAGGCUCCUUCACAGCCAUGGCUGAGGGCGGAGAAGGGGAAGAUGAGAUUCAGUUCCUAAGAACUGAUGACGAGGUGGUUCUCCAGUGUGUUGCCGCCAUCCAGAAGGAGAACCGGAAGUUCUGUCUCGCUGCCGAGGGUCUUGGUAACCGACUGUGCUACUUGGAGCCCACUUCUGAGGCUAAGAAUGUGCCUCCAGACCUAUGCAUCUGUAACUUUGUGCUGGAGCAGUCCCUGUCCGUCCGGGCCCUGCAGGAGAUGCUGGCCCACACUGGACCGGACAGCGAAGGGAGUCCUGACCAUGAGCAAUGGAAGUUGAUGAGAAGGGCUGCUCAGGGGGGUGGGCAUCGCACCCUCCUCUACGGUCACGCCAUCCUCCUGCGACACUCCUUCAGUGGAAUGUACCUGACCUGUUUGAAGACAUCCAGAUCCCUGACAGACAAGCUGUCUUUUGACGUAGGACUACAGGAGAACUCAAUAGGAGAGGCCUGCUGGUGGACCAUCCACCCUGCCUCCAAGCAGAGGUCUGAGGGAGAGAAAGUUCGUAUUGGAGAUGACCUCAUCCUGGUCAGUGUGUCUACUGAGAGAUACCUGCACCUGUCCAUCUCCAGCGGCGGCAUCAACGUGGACGCUUCCUUCAUGCAGACGCUGUGGAACGUCCAGCCCACCUGCUCCGGCAGCAACGUGGCGGUCGGCUUUCUGAUCGGGGGUCACGUGAUGCGCCUUUGCCACGGCCACGACGAGAGCCUCACCAUCCCCGGAGCUGACCGUAGCGACGAGGAGCAGAGGAUAGUGAACUACGAGGCGGAGACAGGCGCUUCAAAAGCCCGCUCUCUCUGGAGACUGGAGCCCCUCAGGAUCAGCUGGAGUGGUAGCCACAUGCGCUGGGGCCAGUCUUUCCGCCUGCGUCACCUGUCCACCGGAUACUACCUGGCCCUGACGGAGGACGGAAGCCUGGUUCUGCAGGACCGGGAGAAGUCCGACACCAAGGCCACGGCUUUCUGUUUCCGACCCUCCAAGGAGAAGGUGGAGGCGGGGCCUAAGCGGGACAUCGAGGGCAUGGGCGUGUCGGAGAUCAAGUAUGGAGACUCCAUGUGUUUCGUCAUGCACGUGGCUUCUGGGCUGUGGCUGUCCUACCAGGCGCCUGAUGCUAAAUCCUCCCGGCUAGGACCCCUCAAACGAAGGGCCUGCCUGCACUCUGAAGGGCACAUGGAUGAUGGACUCAGCCUGCAGCGCUGUCAGCACGAGGAGUCUCGAGCGGCACGCAUCAUCCGCAACACCACAUUCCUCUUCAGGGAUUUCAUCAGGGGUCUGGACAGCCUGGGGGGAGACACGGAGGUGGCUCUGCCGUUUGAGGAGGUGGUGCAGACGCUGAACGACCUGAUCGAGUACUUCCAGCAGCCCCACUCUGAGCUGGAGCACGAGGAGAAGCAGAUGCAGCUGCGCUCGCUCAUCAAGCGCCAGGACCUGUUCAAAGAGGAGGGCAUGCUGGCCCUCCUUUUGAAGUGCAUCGACCGUCUCAACCUGUACAACAGCGCCGCCGAAUUCGGCGAGGUGGCUGGGGAGGAGGGUGGAGCAGUGUGGAAGGAGAUUCUCAACCUGCUCUACAAACUACUGGCUUCUCUGAUCUGUGGAAACAGGAACAAUUGUACCCAGUUCUCUCGUAAUCUGGACUGGCUGGUCAGCAAGCUAGAGAGGCUGGAAUCCUCCUCAGGUAUUUUGGAGGUGCUCCACUGCAUCCUGAUUGAAAGCCCUGAAGCCCUGAACAUCAUCCAGAAGGCACACAUCAAGUCCAUCAUCUCCCUGCUGUACAAACACGGACGCAACCACAAGAUCUUGGACGUCCUGUGCUCUCUGUGUGUCUGUAACGGGGUGGCAGUGAGAGCCAAUCAGAACCUCAUCUGUGACCACCUGCUUCCUAAAAGGGACCUGCUCCUCCAAACACGAUUGAUCAAUGACGUCCAGAGUAUGAGGCCUAACAUCUUCCUUGGGGUGGCGGAGGGCUCGGCCCAGUAUAAGAAGUGGUACUACGAGAUGAUUAUCGACCAGGUGGACCACUUUGUGACCAACGAGCCGACCCACCUGCGUGUGGGAUGGGCCAGCACCAAGGGCUAUGCCCCCUACCCUGGAGGCGGCGAGGGCUGGGGAGGGAACGGGGUCGGGGAUGACCUCUACUCCUACAGCUUUGAUGGACUCCACCUCUGGUCAGGUCGUAUCUACAGGGCUGUGGCCUCCAUUAACCAGCACCUGCUGAACUCAGACGAUGUAGUGAGCUGCUGUCUGGACCUGGGCGCCCCCAGCAUGUCCUUCAGGAUCAACGGUCAGCCCGUCCAGGGCAUGUUUGAGGACUUCAACACGGACGGCUUCUUCUUCCCCGUGGUCAGCUUCUCUGCGGGGGUCAAGGUCCGUUUCCUGUUGGGUGGUCGUCAUGGAGAUUUCAAGUUCCUGCCUCCUGCGGGCUACUCCCCAUGCUACGAGGCUCUGCUGCCCAAGGAGAAGAUGCGUGUGGAGCCUGUGAAGGAGUACAAGAGGGACCAUGAGGGGGUGCGAGACCUGCUGGGCACCACCAUGCUCCUAUCCCAGGCCUCCUACAUCCCCACGCCUGUGGACACCACGCAGACUGUGCUCCCUCCUCACCUGGACCAUGUCCGGGACAAGCUGGCUGAGAACAUCCAUGAGCUGUGGGGGAUGAACAAGAUCGAGCUGGGCUGGGCCUAUGGCAAGGUUCGGGAUGACAACAAGAGGCAGCACCCGUGCCUGGUGGACUUCACCAAACUGCCAGAGACCGAGCGCAACUACAACCUGCAGAUGUCCAGCGAAACUCUGAAAACCCUGUUGGCAAUAGGGUGCCAUGUCGCCCAGGUGAACGUCAACGCAGAGGAGGAUUUAAAGAAAAUCAAACUUCCCAAAGACUACGUCAUGUCAAACGGUUACAAGCCAACGCCUUUGGAGCUUUCUGAGGUGAAGCUGACAGCCGGCCAGGAGGUUCUGGUAGACAAGCUAGCCGAGAACGCCCACAACGUGUGGGCCAAGGACAGAAUCAAACAAGGAUGGACCUACGGUAUCCAGCAGGACGUGAAGAGCAGGCGUAACCCUCGCCUGGUGCCCUACGCUCUGCUGGACGAGAGGACAAAGAAGUCCAACAGAGACAGUCUGAGGGAGGCCAUCAGAACCAUGGUGGGGUACGGGUACGACAUCGACCCCCCGGACCAGGAGGCCUGUCACACGCUGGACCAGUACAGCGUGGAGACGGUCCGCUUCUUCCGCGUGGAGCAGACGUACGCCGUGAAGACGGGGAAGUGGUACUUUGAGUUUGAGGCCCUGACGGGAGGAGACAUGCGUGUGGGCUGGGCCCGGCCCGGCUGCAGACCCGACGUGGAGCUGGGCAUCGACGACCAGGCAUACGUCUUUGACGGAUACAGGGGUCGUCGCAUGCACGCAGGGAGUGGGUUCUUCGGCACAAGCUGGAACCAAGGCGACGUGGUGGGCUGCAUGAUCAACAUGGAGGACAAGUCCAUGAUCUUCACCCUCAACGGAGAGCUGCUCAUCACCAACACAGGCUCCGAGCUCUGCUUCACCGACUUCGAGACAGAGGACGGGUUUAUCCCAGUGUGCAGUAUGGCCAUGGCCCAGAUCGGCCGCAUGAACCUGGGGAAGGACGCCAGCACCCUCAAGUACUACACUAUGUGGGGACUGCAGGAGGGAUUCGAACCGUUCGCUGUCAACAUGAAGCGCAAUGUCACCAUGUGGUUCAGCAAGCGCCUGCCCACCUUCGUCAACAUCCCCGUGGACCACAACCAUAUCGAGGUGACGAGGAUUGACGGGACGGUGGACAGCCCACCGUGUCUCAAGGUGACCCACAAGACGUUUGGGACCCAGAACAGCAACAAUGACAUGAUUUACUGCAGGCUGAGCAUGCCCGUGGACUUCCGUCCCAUCAAUGUGCCACUCGACGAGUCCCAGAAACUCAGUCAACCUCCAAAAGAAGAUGAACCGGUUAACUAUGGAAGCAUCACAAAGUACUACCACUCGGUGAGAGUGUUUGCCGGCCAGGAUCCUGCGUCAGUGUGGGUCGGCUGGGUUACCCCUGACUACCAUUACCAUAGCAAACACUUCAACCUCAACAAGACCCGCACAGUCACCGUUACCCUGGGAGACGAGAGGGGGAGGGUCCACGAGAGCGUCCAGAGGAGUAACUGCUACAUGGUGUGUGGCGGCGACCUCACCGGCACCUCCGGACGCUCCAGCCAGGACCUGGAGAUUGGCUGUCUGAUUGAGCUAUCAACCGGUUUAGUUUCAUUUACAGCCAAUGGCGUGGAGCUAGAGACGGUCUACCAGGUGGAGCCAAAUAGCAAGCUCUUCCCAGCAGUGUUUGUCCGACCCACCAGUGCCAACCUCUUCCAGUUUGAGUUCGUCAAGAUCAAGGACGCCAUGCCCCUGUCGUCGGCCAUCUUUAAGAGCGAGCUGAGGAACCCGGUGCCCCAGUGCCCCCCUCGGCUGGACAUCCAGACCAUCGUGGCGGUGCUGUGGAGCCGCAUGCCCAACACCUUCCUCACAGUGGACACGGCCCGGGUCAGCGAGCGACACGGCUGGGUAGUCCAGUGUCUGGAGCCCCUGCAGAUGCUGGCCGUCCACAUCCCGGAGGAGAACAGAUGUCUGGAUAUUAUGGAGCUGUCUGAACUGGAGGACCUGAGGACCUUCCACCACCACACCCUGAAGCUGUACUGUGCCCUCUGCGCCCUGGGCAACACCCGCGUGGCACACGCCCUCUGCAGCCACCUGGACCAAUCACAGCUCCUCUACACCAUCGACAACCAAUACCUGUCUGGCAUGCUGCGAGAAGGCUUCUAUGACGUGCUCAUCAGCAUCCACCUGGAGACAGCCAAGGACUCGCGCCUCAUGAUGAACAACGAGUUCAUCAUCCCCGUCACGGACGAGACCCGCUCCAUCAAGCUCUUCCCGGACGAGUCCAAGCGUCACUCCCUCCCCGGCGUGGGCCUCAGCACCUCCCUCAAACCCCAGCUGAACUUCACCCCGCCCUGCUUCAUCACCAUCAAGCGCCAGCAGCUCCUGCACAGCCCCCAGAUCCCGCUGGGCGCGCUGAAGGAGAAGGCCAUCAGCAUGCUGACGGAGGCCGUGCAGGGCGGGGGCCCCCAUAUCAGAGACCCUGUAGGGGGCAGCGUGGAGUACCAGUUCGUCCCCAUCCUGAAGCUCAUCGGGACCCUGCUGAUCAUGGGGGUCCUGACCAGCGAGGAGGUGGGCCGCAUCCUCCUGCUGAUAGACCCCAUGGUGUUCGGGGAGCCGGCGGAGGAGGAGGCGGCGGCGGAGGAGGGGGCCGCGGGCGGGGAGAAGGAGGAGGUGAGCAGUAACGAGGAGAAGGCCGUGGAGGCGGGGGAGGAGGAGGUGAAGGAGGCCAAGCCGCCCAUGAACGGACUGCUGGGGAAGACGCUGCCAGAGUCGGUGAAACGACAGAUGUGCGACCUGCUGCACUACUUCUGCGACUGUGAGCUGAAGCAGCGGAUCGAGGCCAUCGUCUCCUUCUCCGACCACUUCGUCUCCAAGCUGCAGUUCAACCAGAAGUUCCGCUACAACGAGCUGAUGCUGGCCCUCAACAUGUCGGCCGCCGUCACCGCCAAGAAGACCAAGGAGUUCCGCUCGCCUCCUCAGGAACAGAUUAACAUCCUGUUGAACUUCAGUGCUGGGGAGGACUGCCCCUGUCCUGAGGACAUCCAAGAAGAACUCUCCUCCUUCCACAACGAGCUGCGUCUGCACUGCGGCAUCCCGAUGGAGGAGGAAGAGGAGGAGCAGGACACGUCUAUCAAGGGCCGCCUGCUGGCGCUGCUCUACAAGAUCAAAGGCCAGCCUCAGAAGGCAGAGGAGGAUCACCCAGAGGAGGAAGCCCCUCCCACCAACCUGAAGGAGCUGAUCUCCCAGACCAUGGCCAGCUGGGCGCAGGAGUGCAUGAUCCAGGACCCGCAGCUGGUCAGGAAGAUGUUCAGCCUGCUACGGCGCCAGUACGACGGCAUCGGGGAGCUGCUCCGAGCGCUCAGGAAGAGCUACACCAUCUCUGCGGCGUCCAUCCAGGACGCCAUCAACCUGCUGGCGUCCCUGGGCCAGAUCCGCUCUCUGCUGUCCGUGCGCAUGGGCAAGGUGGAGGAGAAGCUGAUGAUCGACGGGCUGGGGGACAUCAUGAACAACAAGGUGUUUUACCAGCACCCUAAUCUGAUGCGCGUGCUGGGCAUGCAUGAGACCGUCAUGGAGGUGAUGGUCAAUGUCCUGGGAGGAGACAAGUCUCAGGAAAUCACGUUCCCCAAGAUGGUGGCCAGCUGCUGUCGCUUCCUGUGCUACUUCUGUCGGAUCAGCCGUCAGAACCAGAAGGCCAUGUUCGACCACCUCAGCUACCUGCUGGAGAACAGUAGCGUCGGCCUGGCUUCUCCCGCCAUGAGAGGCUCCACUCCUCUGGACGUGGCUGCGUCCUCAGUGAUGGACAACAACGGCCUGGCCCUGGAACUGGAGGAGCCCGACCUGGAGAAGGUGGUGAUGUACCUGGCAGGCUGUGGGCUGCAGAGCUGUGCCAUGCUGGUUGCUAAGGGCUACCCUGACAUCGGCUGGAACCCUAUAGAAGGAGAGCGUUAUCUGUCCUUCCUGCGGUUCGCUGUCUUCUCCAACGGGGAGAGUGUUGAGGAGAACUCUAACGUGGUGGUGAAGCUGCUGAUUCGUCGGCCAGAGUGUUUUGGCCCCGCCCUUAGAGGAGAGGGAGGUAACGGCCUGUUGGCUGCCAUGCAGGAAGCCAUCACCAUCUCUGAGGACCCAGCCCUGGACCUUCCCAGCGCUGACUCAGGACUCACCUCUGGGCCGGGUGAGGAGGAGGAGGAGGUGGCUCACAUGGGCAAUGCCAUCAUGUCCUUCUACUCUGCUCUGAUUGACCUGCUGGGACGCUGCGCCCCAGAGAUGCAUCUCAUCAACAAGGGGAAAGGGGAGGCCCUGCGUAUCCGGGCCAUCCUGCGCUCCCUGGUGCCCACCUCCGACCUGGUGGGGAUCAUCAGCAUUCCCCUCAAGAUGCCCGUGGUCAACAAAGAUGGUACAGUGACAGAGCCAGACAUGUCGGCCAGCUUCUGCCCGGACCACAAGGCCCCCAUGGUGCUGUUCCUGGACCGUGUGUACGGCAUCGAGGACCAGGGCUUCCUGCUGCACCUGCUGGAGGUGGGCUUCCUUCCCGACCUCAGGGCGUCUGCCUCGCUGGACACGGAGGUGCUGAGCACCACGGAGACCGCCCUGGCCAUGAACCGCUACAUCGGCACGGCCAUGCUUCCCCUGCUGACCAGGUGUGCGUCCCUGUUCGCCGGCACGGAGCACUUUGCGGCGCUGGUGGACUCCACCCUGCACACCAUCUACCGGCUGUCCAAGGGCCGCUCACUCACCAAGGCCCAGCGAGACUCCAUCGAGGAGUGUCUGCUGGCCAUCUGCUCACACCUGAGGCCCUCCAUGAUGCAGCAGCUGUUGAGACGUCUGGUGUUUGACGUGCCCUUACUUACCGAGUACUGCCAGAUGCCCAUCAGGCUGCUGACCAACCACUACGAGCAGAGCUGGAAGUACUACUGCCUGCCCUCGGGGCUGGGCAGCUACGGCAUGGCCUCAGAGGAGGAGCUGCUGCUCACCAAGAAGCUCUUCUGGGGAAUCUUCGACUCUCUCUCUCAGAAGAAGUACGACUCUGAGCUCUUUAAGAUGGCCAUGUCGUGCCUGAGUGCCAUCAGUGGUGCCCUGCCCCCAGACUACGUGGACGCCAGCCCAGGAGCCACCCUGGUCAAUCAGGCAUCGUUAGACGCUCAGGGCAACUUCGUCCCCAAGACCGUCAACACUGCCAACAUCUCUCUCCCAGAGAAGCUAGAGUACAUCGCCAACAAAUACGCAGAGCAUUCUCACGACAAGUGGUCUUCGGAGAAGCUGACGGCAGGAUGGAAGCUGGGGGAGGCUCUGGACGAGGAGGCCAAAACGCAUCCUCUGCUGAAGCCUUACAAAGCUCUGAAUGAGAAGGAGAGAGAGGUGUACCGCUGGCCAGUGAAGGAGUCUCUGAAGAGCAUGCUGGCUCUGGGCUGGAGCCUGGAGAGCAGCAGGGAGGUGGAGAAGAAGACCUCAGAAACAGCUGCAGAUGGUGAAUUCAUCCCGGCACCUGUGGACCUGCACAACGUGACUCUGACCAGGGACGUACAGGGGAUGGUGGAGGUGGUGGCGGAGAACUACCACAACAUCUGGGCCAAGAAGAAGAAAGCUGAGCUCAGCAGUAAAGGAGGAGGGACCCACCCCCUGCUGGUGCCCUACGACACCCUGACCUCCAAGGAGAAGUCCAGGGACCGGGAGAAGGCCCAGGAGCUCUUCAAGUUCCUGCAGAUUAACGGCUACGCCAUCAGCAGGGGCCUGAAGGAGAUGGAGGAGGACUCGUCUUUGAUGGAGAAGAGGUUUGGCUACAAGUUCCUGAAGAGGCUGCUGAAGUACGUGGACUCAGCCCAGGAGUUCAUCGCCCACCUGGAGGCCAUGGCAACUAGCGGGAAGACAGACAAGUCUCCUCACGACCAGGAGAUCAAGUUCUUCGCCAAAGUGCUUCUCCCGCUGAUCGACCAGUACCUGAAGAACCACUUCCUCUACUUCCUGUCCACACCCAGCAAGAACCUGAGCAGCAGUGGCUAUGCCUCUAACAAGGAGAAGGAGAUGAUCACCAGCUUGUUCUGCAAGCUAGCAGCUCUUGUCAGACACAGGAUUUCCCUCUUUGGGAGUGAUUCUGCCAUCACGGUCAGCUGUCUACACAUCCUAGCUCAGUCACUGGACGCAAGAACGGUGAUGAAGUCCGGCUCGGAGCUGGUGAAGGCGGGCUUGCGCACGUUCUUCGAGAAUGCGGCGGAGGACCUGGAGAAGACGGUGGAGAUGCUGAAGCUGGGGAAGUUCGCCCACUCGAGGGCCCAGAUCAAGGCCAUGACUCAGGGCCUGAACUAUGCCACAGUGGCACUGCUGCCCAUCCUCACCGCCCUGUUUGAACACGUCACGCUGCACCACUUUGAGGACGACCUGCUCCUGAAUGAUGUCCAGCUGUACUGCUAUCGCAUCCUGACCAGCCUGUACUUCCUGGGCACGGGGAAGAACGUCUACGUGGAGAGGCAUCUGCCUGCCCUGGGCGAGUGUUUGUCCGUCCUAGUGGGAGCCAUGCCCGUGGCCUUCCUGGAGGCGGAGCUUAACGCCCACAACCCCCUGUCUGUGUUCAACACCAAGACCCCCCGAGAGAGGGCCAUUCUGAGCAUGCCCGACACGGUGGAGGAGAUGUGUCCAGACCUGCCUGACCUGGAGCGCUUGCUGAAGGACAUCCACGACAUCUCAGAGUCCGGUGCUCGCUACACAGAGAUGCCUCAGGUGAUUGAGGUGAUCCUCCCCAUGGUGUGUAACUACCUGUCCAACUGGUGGGAGAAAGGUCCGGAGAACUCUGACCCUGACGCCCUGACCUGCACCAGGGUGACCUCGGACCACCUCAGCAUCAUCCUGGGGAACAUCCUGAAGAUCCUCAACAACAACCUAGGGAUGGAUGAUGCCUCCUGGAUGAAGAGGCUUGCAGUUUACUCUCAGCCAAUCAUCAGCAAGGCUGCUGCGGACCUCCUGAGCAGUCACUUCCUGCCGACGCUGGAAAAGCUGAAGAAGAAGACGGUGAAGGUGGUGUCAGAGGAGGAGUUGCUGAAGGCCGAGGGGAGGUGCGACACGCAGGAAGCAGAGCUCCUUGUCCUGGAUGAGUUUGCCGUGCUCUGCAGAGACCUCUACGCCUUCUACCCAAUGCUCAUCCGCUACAUAGACAACAACAGGUCCAGAUGGUUGAAGAAGCCAGACGCAGACUCCACUGAGCUCUUCAGGAUGGUGGCCGAGAUCUUCAACCUCUGGUGCAAAUCCCACAACUUCAAAAGAGAGGAGCAGAACUUUGUGGUUCAAAAUGAAAUCAACAACCUGGCCUUCUUGACGGGAGUCAGCAAAACCAAGAUGACUAAGUCGGACGGAGACCAGGAAAGGAAACACAAGCAGAGACGAGGAGAGCUCUACUCCGUUCAGACCUCCCUGAUCGUGGCGGCGCUGAAGAAGAUGCUGCCCAUCGGCCUCAACAUGUGCACCCCCGGAGACCAGGAGCUCAUCUCCCUGGCCAAGACACGUUAUAGCCUGAAAGACAGUGAUGAUGAGGUGAAGGAUUACUUGCGCCUGAACUUCCAUCUUCAAGACAAGUCUGAAGACCCAGCAGUGCAGUGGCAGAUGAACCUGUACAGGGACGUGGUGGUGAAGACCGAGGAGCAGACUGAUCCAGAGUUCACUGUGGACAGAGUCCAGAGCAUCACCGCUGCAGUCUACAACCUGGAGCAGGUGGAGCUGCCUCUGAGGAACAAGAAGUUGGUGCCGCAGAAAUUACUGUCCAAGCAGCGCAAGCGUGCUGUGGUGGCCUGCUUCCGCAUGGCUCCUCUCUACAACCUGCCCAGGCAUCGCUCUAUUAACCUCUUCAUGACUGGCUAUCAGAGGCUUUGGAUAGAGACAGAGGAGUACUUCUUUGAGGAGAAGCUAGUGCAGGACAUGGCAAAGACCCAGAUGAAGAUCGUGGAGGAGGAGGAAGAGGAGGAGGCAGAGGUUCAGCCCGACCCCCUUCAUCAGCUCAUCCUUCAUUUUAGUCACAACGCUCUCACAGAGAGGAGUUACCUGGAAGAAGAUCCUUUGUAUAUUGCGUACGCGGACAUGAUGGCAAAGAGUUGUGCAGAGGACGAGGAAGAGGAGGAAGAAGAAGGUAAAGAGAAGACGUUUGAGGAAAAGGAGAUGGAGAAGCAGAAGAUCCUGUACCAGCAGGCCAGGCUGCACGCUCGUGGCGCUGCUGAGAUGGUGCUGCAGAUGAUCAGCGCCAGUAAAGGGAGACUGGGUCCCAUGGUGACCUGUACCCUCAAGCUUGGGAUUUCCAUCCUCAAUGGAGGCAACGUGCUGGUCCAGAAGAAAAUGUUGAGCUACCUGAAAGACAAAAGAGAUGCUGGAUUUUUCAAGAGCUUAUCGGGACUCAUGCAGUCAUGCAGUGUCCUGGACUUGAACGCAUUUGAGAGGCAAAACAAAGCAGAUUGUCUUGGGAUGGUGACAGAAGAAGGAUCGAGUUCCAAAGUGCUACAGAACGAUGAGUUCACUAAGGAUCUUUUUAGGUUUUUGCAACUUCUCUGUGAGGGUCACAAUGGAGAUUUCCAGGACUUCCUGAGGACUCAGACAGGAAAUACUACCACGGUCAACAUCAUCAUCAGCACUGUGGACUACCUCCUGCGCCUUCAGGAAUCAAUCAGUGAUUUCUACUGGUAUUACUCUGGGAAAGACGUGAUUGACGAGCCAGGACAGAUUAACUUCUCCAAAGCCCUGGCUGUGGCCAAGCAGAUCUUCAACUCCCUCACUGAGUACAUCCAGGGUCCGUGUAUUGGGAACCAGCAGAGCCUGGCCCACAGCAGACUGUGGGAUGCAGUGGUUGGCUUCCUGCAUGUGUUUGCCAACAUGCAGAUGAAGCUGUCCCAGGACUCGAGCCAGAUUGAGCUGUUGAAGGAGCUGAUGGAUCUUCAGCAGGACAUGAUCGUCAUGAUGCUGUCCCUGUUGGAGGGCAACGUGGUGAACGGCACCAUAGGAAAGCAGAUGGUGGACACGCUGGUGGAAUCCUCCAGCAACGUGGAGAUGAUCCUCAAGUUCUUCGACAUGUUCCUCAAGCUGAAGGACAUGACCACCUCCGACAACUUCAAGGAGUACGACCCGGACCACAAGGGAUUCAUCUCCAAGAAGGAGUUCCAGAAGUCGAUGGAGUCCCAGAAGCAGUACAACCAGUCGGAGAUCGAGUUCCUCCUCUCCUGCACUGAGGCGGACGAGAACGACAUGUUCAACUACGAGGAGUUUGUGAAGCGCUUCCACGAGCCGGCCAAGGACAUCGGCUUCAACGUGGCCGUCCUGCUGACCAACCUGUCGGAGCACAUGCCCCACGACUCCCGCCUGGCCACCUUCCUGGACCUGGCGGAGAGCGUGCUCCACUACUUUGAGCCCUACCUGGGCCGUAUCGAGAUCAUGGGCAGCGGCAAGCGCAUCGAGAGGGUCUACUUUGUGAUCAGCGAGUCCAGCAGGACCCAGUGGGAGAAGCCCCAGGUGAAGGAGUCCAAGAGGCAGUUCAUCUUCGACGUGGUGAACAUGGGCGGGGAGAGCGAGAAGAUGGAGAUGUUCGUCAACUUCUGCGAGGACACCAUCUUUGAGAUGCAGCUGGCCUCUCAGAUCUCGGAGCCGGACGUAUUGGAGCGCCCUGAAGACGAGGAGGAGGAGGCUCACAGCCUCCUGGAGGAACUGGGGGAGGACGAGGAGAAUGCCACGGAGUCGGCCUCGGCCUUCACCCUGGCCUGCCACUCCGUCAAGAAGAAGAUCGGCAACUUCCGCAAGGCCUUGACCUUCAAGAACGUGAAGAAGCAGCUGAAGAGGUGUAAGAAACUGAGCAUCAAGGAGAUGAUCCAAGGCUUCUUCUCCUUCUUCUGGAUGCUCUUCACCGGCUUCUUCAAGGGCAUCUACAGCGUGGUCUUCGGCUUCUUCCACCUCAUCUGGUCCUCCAUGUUCGGCGGGGGUCUCGUCGAAGGCGCCAAGAACAUGAAAGUGACCGACAUCUUGGGCAACAUGCCCGACCCCACCCAGUUUGGCAUCCACGGCGACGUGCUGGAAGGGGAGAAGGCGGAGGCGGAGUUGGCGGGCAGUACGGACAUGGCCAUGGCGGUGCCGUCAGACAAGGCUGAGGUGGACAUGGUCAUGGAUUUGUUGAACCCAUCCAAAAAGGAAGGAGGGAAGCACGCGGCGGAGCUGGGCUUGGGAGACGUGGCCGAGCUGAAAGUGGAGACCGCCGCAGUGAAGCAGAAGGCUGCAGAGCCUCCAGAGUCUGAACCAGAGAAAGGAGACGCUGAGAAGAAGGAGAAAGAGGACAAGCCAAAGGAAGUAGAGUCAAAGGAGCCUGUUGUUGAAGAGAAGCCCGCCCCCAAAGUCCGAUCCAGCCAAACAAAGGAGACUGCUUUCAUGAGCAGCAUCGUGGCUGUUCUGGAGAUCUACAAGACCAAGAUGCUGAACUACCUGGCUCGCAACUUCUACAACAUGCGUUUCCUGGCUCUUUUUAUGGCUUUCGCCAUCAACUUCAUCCUUCUGUUCUACAAGGUGACCGGGGACGAGGCUGAAAUUGACGAUGAUCCCUGGACGAUCACUGAAGAGGAGGAGGACGAUGGCGGUUUGGACAUGGACGGGUUUGUCCUCCAGGAGAGUAGUGGCUACAUGGCUCCCUCUCUCACCUUCCUGUCCAUAUUCCACACACUCAUCUCUGCUCUGUGUGUGCUGGGCUACUACUACCUGAAGGUGCCCCUGGUGGUGUUUAAAAGAGAGAAAGAGAUCGCCAGGAAGCUGGAGUUCGAUGGGCUCUACAUCACCGAGCAACCGUCUGAUGAAGACAUCAAGGGCCAGUGGGACCGCAUGGUCAUCAACACCCCAUCUUUCCCCAACAACUACUGGGACAAGUUUGUGAAACGUAAGGUGAUUAACAAGUAUGGUGAUCUGUACGGAGCGGAGAGGAUCGCAGAGCUGCUGGGACUGGAUAAGAGCGCUCUGGACUUCGACCCCACGGAGGAGACGGUGGCGAGGGAGGCUUCGCUCGUGUCCUGGUUGAGCUCCAUCGAUACCAAGUACCACAUCUGGAAGAUGGGAGUAGUGCUGACCGACAAUUCCUUCCUCUAUCUGAUCUGGUACACCGUCAUGUCCAUCUUGGGCCACUUCAACAACUUCUUCUUUGCCGUUCAUCUCCUGGACAUCGCCAUGGGCGUCAAGACCCUCCGCACCAUUCUGUCCUCGGUCACCCACAACGGGAAACAGCUGAUGCUGACGGUGGGCCUGCUGGCCGUGGUGGUCUACCUCUACACUGUGGUGGCCUUCAACUUCUUCCGCAAGUUCUACAACAAGAGCGAGGACGAGGAUGAUCCGGAUAUGAAGUGUAACGACAUGAUGACUUGCUAUCUCUUCCACAUGUACGUUGGCGUGAGAGCGGGUGGAGGCAUCGGGGAUGAAAUCAUAGACCCUGCAGGGGACCCCUACGAACUGUGGCGCAUCAUUUUCGACAUCACUUUCUUCUUCUUCGUCAUUGUCAUCUUGUUGGCGAUCAUCCAGGGUUUGAUCAUUGACGCAUUCGGAGAGUUGAGAGACCAGCAGGAGCAGGUGAAGGAGGACAUGGAGACCAAGUGCUUCAUCUGUGGCAUUGGGAAUGACUACUUUGACAGAAUACCCCACGGCUUUGAGACCCACACCUUACAAGAGCACAACCUGGCCAACUACCUGUUCUUCCUCAUGUACAUCAUCAACAAGGAUGAGACAGAACACACCGGUCAGGAGUCGUUUGUGUGGAAGAUGUACCAGGAGAGAUGCUGGGACUUCUUCCCUGCCGGAGACUGUUUCCGCAAGCAGUACGAGGACCAGCUUGGCUAGAGAGGACACCACUUCCCCUAGCCAACACCCUACCAUCCCUACCUACCUACCAUCCCUACCUACCAUCCCUACCUACCAUCUAAAAAAGACUGACUCCCAACUCAAACGUCCAAUAGAGCCUGAAUCACUAGCGGGACCUUUACCCUGCUGUUGUUGACUGUGUGUGAUCUUACCAUUAAUAUGCACCGUCAGCUGUUACUGAGAGCCGAGACACUGAACAUGGAUGACGGGCUGGACACGUCCAUCCGCACCCAGUCCUCGUCACCGAACAGAACCCGGCGACCUGCCUAACGACACCUCGUCUGUCCGUUUUUGGAUGCAAAACG